CCAAACACCAAAUAUGCACAUGAUGUCUCAACACCCAUAACACCUUUCUACAAGAACCCAAGGUUCGGUUACACCUCUAAGACACCAAACUAUGCUUGAAGAACACUUGCGGCGUAUAUAUCUUAUUACGAAUACGUUACCACACGUAACCUAAAAGCACCCAUACCCCCGUGCUCUCCGGCAGCCUGGCAUGUCGUCCUCGACACACUACAGCAAGCCAAACGCCCAAAGCCCCCCAGCUGAAGAUUCAGACUCCGACCUAGAUAUUGAUCUACAAGAGCUCGACCCUAUCACAACCUCAAACCCGUCGAAUGGGCUGGCACCCGCUGCGAGCAGGAGGAGCCACGAAGAGAUUCGGGCGCAUCAAGAGCGAAAAGGGCAUAUAGCACUACGAAACCUGCGCAUGGGCGGACUUCGGGGCACGGGCGCGAGGCAUCGGAGAUAUGGCGAGCUAGGCAGAGGCAGAGAUGGGGAGGAUAGCGGGGCACACGAUGAUCAGGGCGGUGAUGGAGGUUGGAAUACAGACAACAGCGCCACCAAUGAGGACGAUGCACCUUUAUUGCAGGGCUCGAAGAGAAGACGGUCACGUCCAAGUCUCGAUGCAUAUCGCAGCACAGUCAGCAGGAUGGGCUCCCGGUUUCGAAUGCCCAGCUUCUUACAAAGCCCAUCCAGGCCGGAGGAAGCUGACGACGACGAGAACCCCGAGGGGGAGCACGAUCCUGCCUCGUCGCGCAUAGUAGCUGUUGGAGGGUCUCAAGCCGCGAAAUUUCCUCCCAAUGCCGUCUCAAACGCCAAAUACACACCCUGGAGCUUUCUUCCGGUUACCUUGUACAACGAGUUCUCAUUCUUCUUCAACAUGUACUUUUUACUUGUCGCUUUAUCGCAAGCCAUACCCGCACUGCGAAUUGGAUAUCUAUCCACAUAUAUUGUUCCGUUGGUGUUUGUUCUGGCCAUCACAUUAGGGAAGGAAGCAUUUGACGACAUAGACCGGAGGAGGAGAGACAAUGAGGCAAAUUCGGAGGGAUAUACGGUUUUAAGAUUUGAUGCUGCUGGAUAUGAUAAUGGGGGUAUGAGUUCUAGAAGGAGGGCGCCACAAUCGGCGAGAAAAGCAAGCAAGAAGAGUCGCAGGCGCGAUAGGCUUGGCGACAUUCGAGAGGAAGAAGAGGCGGUAGAGAGCGAUGGGAUUUUAUCUCCCUCGGAACCGUCAGCUACCUACGUUGAGGUUGUUAAGAAGUCACGAGAUUUGCGUGUUGGCGAUGUCCUGAAACUUGGAAAAGACCAACGUGUGCCGGCUGAUGUGGUAAUCCUCCAGAGUUAUACACAUGAUUCGUCAGCUGGAGAUGGCGCAGAUGACCAACCAGAUGUGACCAACGAAACUGAAGAUUUAUUAGGAGAUUCGGUUUCUACAUCUAGAGUGGAACAAACGUCACCGGCUGAGAACGCCCCUUCGGCUGGUGGUGACGGAAUCGGGGAGACCUUCAUCAGGACGGACCAGCUUGACGGCGAAACUGACUGGAAAUUGCGUCUUGGGUCUCCUUUAACACAGUCCUUGGCCGUGUCUGAAUUUGUGAGACUUCGAGUCACGGCCGGAAAACCUGAUAAGAAGGUCAACGAGUUUAUCGGCACAGUCGAGCUUGAACCGAAAUCCCACGGAUGGGGUUCGAGACAGUCGAUUGAUAAAUCCCAGGGGGCCCUAUCGAAUGUAACUGAAGGAGCAGAUGGGGAGAAUUCCGACGGCUCAAAGACCGCGUCACUGUCAAUAGACAAUACUGCGUGGGCAAAUACGGUUCUCGCAUCGAAUGCCGUUACUCUUGCCGUCAUAGUUUACACCGGUUCCCAAACGAGGUCCGCCUUGUCAACAUCCCAAUCUCGCUCAAAGACUGGCUUGUUGGAAUACGAGAUUAACUCGUUGGUCAAGAUACUCUGCGCUCUCACGGUUACCCUUUCUAUUGUCCUUGUUGCUUUUGAGGCGGUUGGGCACACUGUUACUGGGAAAUGGUAUGUAAAGAUCGUGAGAUUCUUGGUUCUAUUCUCAACAAUCGUUCCCAUAAGUCUUCGAGUGAACCUUGAUAUGGGAAAAUCUGUAUAUUCCUGGUAUAUCCAAAGAGACAAAGGCAUCGAAGGAACGGUGGUCCGUACUAGCACCAUACCGGAAGAGCUCGGCCGCAUCGAAUAUCUCCUGAGCGACAAAACUGGCACCUUAACUCAAAACGAAAUGGAAAUGAAGAAAAUACAUGUUGGCACAGUCUCGUAUGCCAACGACGCUAUGGAUGAAGUGGCGUCAUAUAUUAAGCAAGGCUUUUCCAUUCCAACCUCGGGGAACAACGGCGCUACUUUAAUAACACCGUCCUCAACCUAUGUUGCCACAGCCACCAAUGCCACGGCCACACGAACCAGGCGAGAGAUUGGCUCUCGUGUUCGUGAUGUUGUUCUUGCUUUGGCACUUUGUCACAAUGUAACUCCUACUAUGGACGAGGAGAAUGGAGAGACCGUCACCACAUACCAAGCUUCUUCACCUGACGAAAUUGCCAUUGUCAAGUGGACGGAAGCCGUGGGUCUGCGAUUAUUACACCGAGACAGGAAGGGGAUGCUACUCCAGUCUGUGGAUACUGGCCGUUCAGUUGUCCGGGUCAAGAUUCUUGACAUUUUCCCGUUCACAUCUGAAGGAAAGCGCAUGGGGGUUAUUGUGCAGUUUUAUGAAGGCAACGAGUCAACUCCCCGCUCAGACCUUGAGGCAGGAGAGAUCUGGUUCUACCAAAAAGGCGCGGACACAGUUAUGGGCAACAUUGUUGCAGCUAAUGAUUGGCUGGACGAAGAAACGGCAAAUAUGGCCCGGGAAGGAUUACGGACGCUUGUUGUUGGGAGAAAGCGACUAUCUGCCCAGCAAUACAAAGAGUUUGCGGCGAAACACAGGGAGGCAUCUAUUGAGAUCCAGGGUCGCGAUGCAGGCAUUGCGCGAGUGGUCUCCCAGUACCUCGAGCGUGACCUCGAGUUACUUGGCGUGACUGGCGUUGAGGACAAGCUACAAAAGGAUGUGAAGGCAUCCCUUGAGCUUCUCCGCAAUGCCGGUAUCAAGAUUUGGAUGUUAACAGGUGACAAAGUGGAAACUGCCCGCUGUGUUGCUGUGAGCUCUAAGCUCGUUGCUCGUGGUCAAUAUGUGCAUACUGUCGCCCAGCUCAAGCGCAAAGAUAACGCUCAGGACCACCUAGACUUCCUCCACAGCAAACUCGACGCUUGCCUUCUCAUCGACGGCGAGAGUUUGGCCCUUUUCCUCAGAUACUUUCGCGACGACUUCAUCUCCCUCGCCGUUCGCCUUCCUACCGUUGUCGCUUGCCGUUGUUCCCCAACUCAAAAAGCUGACGUUGCAAAACUCAUUCGCGAAUACACAAAGAAGCGAGUCUGCUGCAUUGGUGAUGGCGGUAACGAUGUUUCUAUGAUUCAAGCUGCGGACGUGGGCGUCGGAAUUGUCGGUAAGGAAGGUCGGCAGGCGUCUCUCGCUGCAGACUUCUCCAUCGAGCAAUUCUGUCAUCUGACUAAGCUGCUUGUCUGGCACGGUCGUAAUAGCUACAAGCGCUCAGCCAAGCUCGCACAGUUCGUCAUCCACAGAGGACUGAUCGUUGCCGUUUGCCAGACCAUGUACAGUAUCGCAUUGAAAUUCGAGCCGGAGGGUCUGUACAUAGACUGGCUGAUGGUCGGAUACGCUACUGUUUACACCAUGGCGCCUGUCUUUUCUCUCGUGCUGGACCGCGAUGUGGAUGAGGACCUCGCAAAUCUGUACCCGGAGCUGUACAAGGAACUCACAUCUGGUGCAUCGCUCAGCUACCGCACGUUCUUCAUGUGGGUCGGAGUGUCGAUCUACCAGGGUUGCAUUAUUCAGGGGCUCAGCCAAAUCCUAACAGAGGUCGAGGGAAACAGGAUGGUGGCCGUAAGCUUUACAUGUGUGGUGGUUAACGAGCUGUGCAUGGUGGCCAUGGAAAUCACUACGUGGCACUGGGUUAUGGUGGUCUGCCUUGUCGGGACGUCGCUUGCGUAUGUGGCGAGCGUCCCAUUCCUUGGAGGCUACUUUGAUUUGGGAUAUAUGAUGACCUUGGGGUUCUAUUGGAGAGUCGCGGCUAUUUGCGCAGUCAGCUUGAUCCCGUGGUAUGCAGGGAAGCUGAUUAGAAGGAGGAUCAAGCCUCCGUCGUACAGGAAGGUUCAGGGGAUUUAAGCGUCGGAGGAGAGUCGGGUGGCUUUUUGAUUAGCAUAGCAUAGCGAAGCGUUGUAAUGAGAUAGAGAU